AUGCAGGACUCCUGGACUGCUCGCAAAGCUCAGGAGAUCCAAGGGUAUGCGGAACGCAACGAAUGGAGGAAUUUCUUCCCAGCGAUCAAACCUGUCUACGUUCCCCCGACAAAGGGCACUGCUCCUCUCCUCAGCGCCAACGGUAGUACUCUCCUGACUGAGAAGACGCAAAUCCUACAGCGAUGGGCCGAGCAUUUCCGAGGCGUCCUCAACCGUCCCUCCACCAUCUUCGACGCCGCCAUCGACCCCCUACCGCAGGUGGAGACCAACGUGGACCUCGACCUCCCGCCAUCUCUCCAGGAAACCAUCAGGGCCGUGCAGCAGCUCUCCAGCGGGAAAGCACCCGGAUCGGACGCAAUCCCUGCUGAGGUCUACAAGUACGGAGGUCCCCAACCGAUGGAUCACCUGACUGCGCUCUUCCAGGAUAUGUGGCGUCAAGGGGAAGUCCCGCAGGAUUUCAAAGACGCAACCAUCAUGCACCUCUACAAGCGAAAAGGGAACCGCCAGCUCUGCGAUAAUCACCGCGGCAUCUCCCUGCUGAACAUCGCCGGGAAGAUCUUCGCUCGCAUCCUCCUCAACCACCUCAAUAACCAUCUGGAACAGGGCCUUCUGCCGGAAAGCCAAUGCGGCAUCCGCCUUCAUCGCGGGACCACGGAUAUGAUCUUCGCCGCCCGUCAACUUCAGGAGAAGUGCCAGCAGAUGCAAACCCACCUGUACUCUACCUUCGUGGACCUGAGGAAAGCCUUCGACACGGUGAAUCGUGAAGGACUGUGGAAAAUCAUGCAGAAGUUCGGCUGUCCGGAGCGAUUCACUCAGAUGGUGCGUCAGCUGCACGACGGUAUGAUGGCACGAGUCACGGACAACGGACCUGUCUCAGAGGCAUUCGCAGUGACCAACGGAGUGAAGCAGGGAUGCGUUCUGGCGCCUACCCUCUUCAGUCUUAUGUUCUCUGCCAUGCUGAUGGACGCCUACCGCGACGAACGCCCCGGGAUCCGCAUCGCCUACGGGACGGACGGUCAUCUCCCGAAUCAACGACGGAUGCACUUCCAAUCGCGCGUAUCCAUAACCACCGUUCACGAACUUCUCUUCGCCGCCGCCUUCGCCCUGAACACCAACUAG